AUGGAUAUCAAAUGUAAAAUUCCAAUUACAAAAGAUGAAGAUGAAGAUGAAGAUGAAGAUGAAGAUCAUCAUCAGUAUUUCGAUGGUCGCCGAAUACAUAGAGUGCCCAAACUUGUGCGAUUCAAUAAACACAACGAAGAGGAUUACUACGCCCCUAAGCUGGUUUCCUUUGGCCCUUAUUACCAUGGAUUACCAGAACUUGGUACGGCAGAAGAAUUCAAGCAUAAAGUCCUUACAAUGUUUGUUUCAAGCAGCGGCAAAGACAAACAAAUCUUCUACUGCCAGAUCUUUAAAUUGAUCGACCAGAUUAGAAAUAGUUACGUUGGAGUUUCCAGAGAUGCAUAUGAUGAUGGAGCGCUAGCAGAAAUGAUGCUUCUAGAUGCAUGUUUCGCUGUAUAUCUUAUGAAGAUUGCCGUGGGAGAUGAAGAAAAAAUUAUCCACUUCUGUCAACAUCUUGGAUUGUGUGUAAUAAAAUUUGCAUUUAUUGAUAUGUAUUUACUGGAGAACCAAAUUCCUCUCUGGGUUAUUAAACACUUGAUUAAUUUAAUAUAUGGAGAAGGAUCCAUGUUACUUUGUAAUUUCUUUAGUUCCAUGACUUUGGAGAAUACCAGGCUAACAAGAAUUCCUGGCGAAGAUAAAAAGCAACCACUUCACAUUCUAGAUGCUUAUCAUCGAUUACUUGUCGAAGAAUGGGAUAAAGCAGGAAAAAUACUUGUCCAGCCUGUUAAGAAAUGUCAAUGGCGGCCAUUGAAGAAAGAAAAUCAAAAGGAAUUAGGGAAAUUCAGUCGUCAAUCUCGUUCAGUCACCGAUCUCAAAGCAAAAGGCAUUCACUUCAAACCUAGUUCAUGUUGUUUGAUGAAUAUUAGUUUCAAAUCAUACACAUUUUAUGGGCAAGUUCAACUCCCGGUUUGGCUUUUCACUGGCAUUUCCAAGCUAUUAUUUAUAAACAUGAUUGCUUAUGAAGCAUCUCCAGAAAGCGACACUGGCAUUCCUAUAAUAUGUUAUGUUAAUUUCUUGAAAUCGCUCAUUGUUAAACCUGAAGAUGUGAAGGAACUACGAGAAAAGAAGAUACUUUUUAGCACCCUUGUCAGUGAUGAACAAGUUGUUGAAAUAAUCAAAGAGAUUGAUACUUGCGGACUUGACGAUUACUAUAUUUUUGACAAUGUGACGAUGAGAAUUGAGGAGCACUGCAGCAACAAGGCAAAAACAUGGAUUGCUGAAUUAAUUCACACUAAUUUUCGCAAUCCAUGGACUUUUAUUACCUUACUCGCUGCCAUUUUUCUUCUUUGCUUAACUUUUCUCCAGACCUAUGACACAUUGAAUCCUAAGUAA